AUGAAGGGGCAAGCAGACAUUUCAUCUCAAAUAGGCGAGAACCACCCCGACUGCAUCGGUACAAUGAUAGAGCUUGCAGAGUGCUAUGAGAAGCAGGAGAAAUUUGAUGACGGUAUCGCAAUGUGUGAUCAGAUCAUCGAAGGACUGCGCAGGAUCAGCUACUCGGAACAUCCAUUGGAACGAAAAACACAGCAACAGAAAGACAGAUUGAUCAAAGAUGGUGAUGCAAAGAAGGCUCAGUAA